AAUUCGAGACAGAUAGAACCAUUAUGUGGUCAAGACUACCUGGAAUUCCAAGUAAAAUGAAAUGGCCUGUCCUUGUAUUCCAUGAUAGUGUGCACAAGAACAUGAUUGAUGUAUUUUGUAAAGCUGAUGAUGCAGUAAUGCUUGUCAAAAAAAGAAAAAACCCUCAAAUGUUUUAGGGAAGAUUUGAUAUGGGCAAUGACGGGGGAAGAAAAAAGACUGGAUGAAACUGAAAAAGAGAUUGACAUGGAUACAAAAGAUGAGUCAAGUCAGCAUGGAGAUGAAGAUAAAGUCAUGAAAGUCUGCAAAGAUGACCUUGAAGAUAAUUUGUUGUAUACGGACAUUGAUGGUGUUAAUUUGACAACUACCAAUGAUCAGGAAGAUAGUCUAAAUACUGAAAUGGAGGCAGAACCAGAAGAUACAUCUGUCAUGGAAACAGGAAAUUAUACAAGGGAGAUAAAUCUAGACAUUUGUGAAAUGAUUCAAAGUAAAGGGUGUAUAGAAAAUAUUGAAAUGGAGAAAAACAAUGAAACAGCUGAAGGAGUGAUGGAAAAUGAGGAAACAGAAACAAAUGUGAAAAUGGUUGAAAGUGAAGAGAACAAAAGAGUAGAGGACCAAAACAAAAAUAAAAAUACCGGUGACAUUGGACUAAAAACUACUGAGGUGGAAAGUAUCACUGAGGAAAACAUAGCUGUUACUGUCACUGAUGAGAAAAAUGAUACAGAAAAAAAGAUGAAAGAGAAUACAAAAAAAAGAGAAACUGAAAAAGAGAUUGACAUGGAUACAAAAGAUGAGUCAAGUCAGCAUGGAGAUGAAGAUAAAGUCAUGAAAGUCUGCAAAGAUGACCUUGAAGAUAAUUUGUUGUAUACGGACAUUGAUGGUGUUAAUUUGACAACUACCAAUGAUCAGGAAGAUAGUCUAAAUACUGAAAUGGAGGCAGAACCAGAAGAUACAUCUGUCAUGGAAACAGGAAAUUAUACAAGGGAGAUAAAUCUAGACAUAUGUGAAAUGAUUCAAAGUAAAGGGUGUAUAGAAAAUAUUGAAAUGGAGAAAAACAAUGAAACAGCUGAAGGAGUGAUGGAAAAUGAGGAAACAGAAACAAAUGUGAAAAUGGUUGAAAGUGAAGAGAACAAAAGAGUAGAGGACCAAAACAAAAAUAAAAAUACCGGUGACAUUGGACUAAAAACUACUGAGGUGGAAAGUAUCACUGAGGAAAACAUAGCUGUUACUGUCACUGAUGAGAAAAAUGAUACAGAAAAAAAGAUGAAAGAGAAUACAAAAAAAAGAGAAACUGAAAAAGAGAUUGACAUGGAUACAAAAGAUGAGUCAAGUCAGCAUGGAGAUGAAGAUAAAGUCAUGAAAGUCUGCAAAGAUGACCUUGAAGAUAAUUUGUUGUAUACGGACAUUGAUGGUGUUAAUUUGACAACUACCAAUGAUCAGGAAGAUAGUCUAAAUACUGAAAUGGAGGCAGAACCAGAAGAUACAUCUGUCAUGGAAACAGGAAAUUAUACAAGGGAGAUAAAUCUAGACAUAUGUGAAAUGAUUCAAAGUAAAGGGUGUAUAGAAAAUAUUGAAAUGGAGAAAAACAAUGAAACAGCUGAAGGAGUUAUGGAAAAUGAGGAAACAGAAACAAAUGUGAAAAUGGUUGAAAGUGAAGAGAACAAAAGAGUAGAGGACCAAAACAAAAAUAAAAAUACCGGUGACAUUGGACUCAAAACUACUGAGGUGGAAAGUAUCACUGAGGAAAACAUAGCUGUUACUGUCACUGAUGAGAAAAAUGAUACAGAAAAAAAGAUGAAAGAGAAUACAAAAAAAAGAGAAACUGAAAAAGAGAUUGACAUGGAUACAAAAGAUGAGUCAAGUCAGCAUGGAGAUGAAGAUAAAGUCAUGAAAGUCUGCAAAGAUGACCUUGAAGAUAAUUUGUUGUAUACGGACAUUGAUGGUGUUAAUUUGACAACUACCAAUGAUCAGGAAGAUAGUCUAAAUACUGAAAUGGAGGCAGAACCAGAAGAUACAUCUGUCAUGGAAACAGGAAAUUAUACAAGGGAGAUAAAUCUAGACAUAUGUGAAAUGAUUCAAAGUAAAGGGUGUAUAGAAAAUAUUGAAAUGGAGAAAAACAAUGAAACAGCUGAAGGAGUGAUGGAAAAUGAGGAAACAGAAACAAAUGUGAAAAUGGUUGAAAGUGAAGAGAACAAAAGAGUAGAGGACCAAAACAAAAAUAAAAAUACCGGUGACAUUGGACUCAAAACUACUGAGGUGGAAAGUAUCACUGAGGAAAACAUAGCUGUUACUGUCACUGAUGAGAAAAAUGAUACAGAAAAAAAGAUGAAAGAGAAUACAAAAAAAUGUUUUCUAUCAACUGGUUUAAAUGUCCCUCAAUUGAAAGAACUUCAAAAAUUGGCAGUUUUGAAUCAGUGUCAGUUUUGUACAAAGUUUGAUAAAGAUGUAACACACGUUAUAGUAAAGACAGAUCCCAUUGGAAGUGGUAUUUGUGACAGGACAUUGAAGUUUUUCCUGGGGCUGUCUCAAAAAUGUUGGAUUUUAGAUUACCAAUGGGUAAUAGCUUCAAGAGGUGCCGGUCAUUUAUUACCUGAGGAUCCAUUUGAAAUCAAAGGAGAUACUGUGACAGAACAAUUACAUAGUGGUCCAAAGAGAGCCAGACUUAAUACCUCUGGUCCUUUGUUUGAUAACAUGCAGUUUUUAGUUAUUGGAAAAAGUAAAGACUUACAGAAAGAUGAUUUGAAAAGUUUAUUGGUAUCCUGUGGAGGCCAUGUGAAGUAUGAAUCAAAAGAUAUAAUAGACAAACAGGGUUCUUUACUUAUCACAUGUUCAGAUGAAGAACCAUCUCCAGAUGAACUCAAACUUUUCAAAGAGUAUUACGAUCAUCAUGGUAUGAUAUCAGUAUCUAGAGAAUGGGCAUUGGAUUGUUUGACUGUCUAUAAGCUGCUGCCAGUGUCGGAUUAUGUACUUACUCCUAAAACUGAAAAAGAGAUUGACAUGGAUACAAAAGAUGAGUCAAGUCAGCAUGGAGAUGAAGAUAAAGUCAUGAAAGUCUGCAAAGAUGACCUUGAAGAUAAUUUGUUGUAUACGGACAUUGAUGGUGUUAAUUUGACAACUACCAAUGAUCAGGAAGAUAGUCUAAAUACUGAAAUGGAGGCAGAACCAGAAGAUACAUCUGUCAUGGAAACAGGAAAUUAUACAAGGGAGAUAAAUCUAGACAUAUGUGAAAUGAUUCAAAGUAAAGGGUGUAUAGAAAAUAUUGAAAUGGAGAAAAACAAUGAAACAGCUGAAGGAGUGAUGGAAAAUGAGGAAACAGAAACAAAUGUGAAAAUGGUUGAAAGUGAAGAGAACAAAAGAGUAGAGGACCAAAACAAAAAUAAAAAUACCGGUGACAUUGGACUCAAAACUACUGAGGUGAAAAGCAUCACUGAGGAAAACAUAGCUGUUACUGUCACUGAUGAGAAAAAUGAUACAGAAAAAAAGAUGAAAGAGAAUACAAAAAAAAGAGCUGUUCAAGAUUCAGCAAGGGAGUUCAACAUCACUCCAGAGGUAUGUGACCGAACAUGUAUGUCAACAUACAAAGAUGGUGGAUCACCAGUUGUUGAAUUUGUAAUUGAAUGUUCUAAAAAUGGUGAGGACUGGAUCCCAGUUGAAAAAGUUGAUAAAUAUAGCAAUGCAUUUAAAGUCAAAGAGUUAGAAGAUGGGAAACAGUACAGUUUCAGAGUUUCUGCUCUGAACAAUGCUGGACAAAAUAAAACACUAACAUCAGAAUUUGUUGAAAUAGAGAAAGCACCAUCAACUCAAAUUUUUAGGGCUGAAGAAAAAGUUAUGCAGAACCAAAAAACAGUUGAACCAAACUUGAACAUGUGUAUAGCUGAACCACAGGCUACUCCGGAGACAGAUCUUAAAAUGGAUUCCCAGAUACAAUUAGUUAAUAGUGCCAAUGAGCGUAAUGGAAAGCAUGAUUACACUAAAACCCAUUCUUGCAUAUUUUGUGGCAAAUUGGACUUAAAGAUAAGCAGGCAUUUGGAAAAAAAACAUAGUGAUGAAAAAGUUAUAGCUCAGCUGCCCAAAGCUUCAAAAAAUAGACAAUCGAAGGAUCAAAAUAAAAGAAAAUGCACACUUGAUACAUUACGUAAUGAGGGGGAUUUUAUAUUCAAUAUUGAAGUUUUACAAAAUGUGAGACAACAAAGGCCAGCACAGCAACUAAUAGUUGCCAGGAGGCCUAGUGAAGGACAACACCAGAUCAAUGAUUAUCUCCCAUGUAAAUAUUGUCUUCGAUUUUACAUAAAAACAGAAUUAUGGAGACAUGGCAGCUCUUGUACUAGCAGACGUGGAAACGAAAACUUAGAAGAUCAGGUCCAAGAAAAGUCAUUUAUAAAAGCGGGAAAGAGGCUUCUACAAGGUGCAGGAAUAUCUAUUGAUCAUCACGAUCCAUUAGAAAAAAGGCAAGAUUACUUUACUUACAUAUUGGAAAGUUUAUCAAAUGAUGUAAUAGGACAAAAAGUCAAGAACGAUCAGAGUAUUUUAGUCUUGGGCAAGAGUUUAUUUGACAAACUAGGGAGGGAAAGAUCGGCAGGAAUACGUUAUAGUUUAAGGCUUUUAGCCAGAAUUAAAACUGAAGUUUUAUUACUAAAACCAGUUGGUGAUACAGCUGGAGAUGAUCUGGUCAACUUCCUCAGGCCAGAAAAUUUCAACUUAUUUGUAGCUGCAGUAAAAACCAUCGUUAAAGUUAGUGAAGAAAAAACACUAAAUGGAGUGGACAUGUUUAUGAAGCCUGAAUUGGCCAAAAAGGCUGGACAAAUUAUCAGAAAACUUAGUGAACACCACUUAGGUGCAAUGGUGACUCAAAGAAAUAGAGAGGGAAGGGAAGACAUUGCAGACUUCUUAUUUUUGAUUGAAACUCAGUGGACUGACAAAAUUGGGAGUCAGGCCCACCAGUCUUCAAAAGAACGAACAUUUAACAAGAAAGAAGUACUUCCAUUAACUCAAGAUAUCAUGAAGUUGGCAACACAUCAAAAUGCUAAAAUACCUGAAAAAAUGAAGGAACUGUCAGAAGAAAAAACAAUAGUUAAUUGGAAGGAGCUUGCUUAUCUAGUUUUGAGUAAAAUUCAAGCAUUUAAUUUCAGAAGAGGAAAUGAAACGAGUAAAAUGCAGCUGAUAAAAUACAGCAAUAGGGCAGACUGGAGGGGGGGGAAUGAAGAACUAUAUAAAAGCCUGAGUGCGGUUGAAAGGGAGUUGGCCAAAAAAAUGGACUUGGUUGAAGUAAUUGGGAAAAAAAACAGGAAAGUGCCAGUACUUUUAACACCAUUAAUGAAAAGAGGCAUUGAUCUUCUUAUAUCAACUAGAGAUUCUUCAGGAGUAGAGAAGAGCAAUAUCUUUGUUUUUGCAAAAGGAGAGAGAAGCUACAUUGAAGGGGCAGAAGCUCUAAACCAUGUCCUGAAAGAAGUUGAAGGGUUAAAACAUCCUGAAAAUAUAAGAUUUCCUAAGAUGCGGAAAUAUUUUGCAACCACUGUUCAGCUGUUUGGAAUUAAGGAACAUGAAUUAGCCGAAGUAGCUAGACAUAUGGGACAUGAAUUGGCUGUUCAUAGACAGUACUAUCGGCUACAAGAUGAUGUAAUUGAAUUAGCGAAGGUCUCAAAGCUUCUUUUAGCAGUAGAAAGCGGGAAAGCCAACGCAUUUAGAGGAAUGUCUAUAGAUGACAUAGAUAUUGAUGGUCUGCCCAAUGUUGGUGAUGACGAAGAAUUAGAGAGGACAUUUGCUCAAAAUGAUGAUGCUGAUUUAACCCAUACAAAGAGUACCGAUAUUAUUCUGCCGUCAAAAGCUGCAUCUGGUCUGCCCAAUGUUGGUGAUGACGAAGAAUUAGAGAGGACAUUUGCUCAAAAUGAUGAUGCUGAUUUAACCCAUACAAAGAGUACCGAUAUUAUUCUGCCGUCAAAAGCUGCAUCUGUUACAGUGAAACCUAUUGUUACAGUAAGACCUAAAAGAAGGCUUGAUUCUAAAAAUUACAAGGAGGCCUUUAAUUUUGCUGACUCUGAUGAGGAUCCAGAUUUUGAUAUAGGUAGGACAAUGAAGAAAAACAAACUUUCACUAGAGAGUGACAGUGAUUCAGACAGUGAGCCUAAUGUAGCUAGGAAAAAAUCUGAAAAACAAACAUCUAAGAGGAAAUGGACAAACGAGGAAAAGGAGGCUUUGGUGAUUUUAGUUAAUAAAGCCAUAUGUGAAAAAAAACCUCCAAAAAAAAGUGAAGUUCAAAAGCUGCAAAAAAGAUAUAAAUGCAUUGCCUGUUUAAAAUGGUUGAAUGUAAAGCACCAAAUCUGGGCAGUAGCUCAACAGAAGAUGAGGAGUGCUAAACGACUACUGGGGGGGGAAUGAUUUAGUUACAGUAUUAACAAUUGUAAUAGUAAAACAUUAAUAUUUUAAAUUCACAUUUGAUCAUUUCCUCUGAAACAACUGAGAUAAUUUGAAUAAAACUUUGCAGGAAUAGAAUAUGGAAGGUACUUUAUAAAAAAAAAUCUUAUUGGAUUAAAAGCAUAGCCACUAAAUGUUGCUAAAGUCAAACCUUGAUGCUGAUUGGUCAGUUUUCAAAUUAAAUCUCAUCUGAAACUCUAAGGCCAAAUCACUUUAUAUGUAUCAUCAUUUGAAGACCCUCUACAAAGAUGUUUCAUUUUAUAAUGAUCAGAUUCAUCUUAACCAACCUCUGCAUAAAUAAUGUAUGGCAGGUUCUUUAUAUAAAAAUUAUUAUUUUGUUCCAAUCAGAUGAAGAAUAUGGCUGUCAGAUGUAAUUAUUCAUUAAAUAUACAAAAGUAUAAUCAUUUCAUUAUUGCCAUGCAGCAUACAUGGUAGCUAUAUCAGCACAUAGGUUCCCUUUGAGCCCAUAGGAAAUCUAACUUAAAUAAAAAGGACCAACUGGUCAGUUUUUUUUUUUUAAUUCUUCACUGAGAAUACAAAACUGGUAGUUUGUAGCCAGGUGAGCAAAAUAGGCUCAAUUGAGUUUCUAAUUUUCAGAGUUUAGACUUUGAUUAAGGGCAUAUGAUACAGUUACAGGGGAGGUAAUGAUGUUGCUAAGGUAAAAUGUUAUUUUUGGCGAUGUCAAACUUUGACAUAUCGGGAAAGAUGCAUUUUUUUUUAUUUUUUUUUAUUUUAGACUGAAUUCACUUUAAAAUGAGUUCAUGGACCCCUCUUUUUUUAAAUGACAUUAGGUUUGAUUCAGUAUGAAGAUUAUUUGUACCAAUUUUUAUGAAAAGUCACUGAUGAAAUUUUUUUAAAUUAGAUAAAUAUACAGCAAAAAAAAGCAGUUUAUAUUUAUUCGCAUCACUUGGUGUCCGGCGUCUGUAAAAUUUAACAAAAAUCUUCUCCUCUGAAACAACUGGGCCAAAUUUAACCAAACUUGGCCACAAUAAUCAUUGGGGUAUUUAGUUUUAAAAAUGUGUGGCGUGACCCUGCCAACUAACCAAGAUGGCCACCAUGGCUAAAAAUAGAACAUAGGGGUAAAAUGUAGAUUUUGGCUUAUAACCUGACAAAUCUGACAAAGGUAAAUUGUCUAUUAGGUCAAGAUCUAUCUGCCCUGAAAUUUUUAGACAAAUUGGACAACCCCUUGUUGGGUUGCUGCCCCCAAAUUAGUAAUUUUAAGAAAAUUUUGCAGUUUUUGGUUAUUAUCUUGAAUAUUAUCAUAGAUAGAGAUAAACUGUAAACAGCAAUAAGGAGUAAUUGCCCUUUAUAGUCAUUUUUGAACAAUUUUCAUAAAUUUUUGUAAAUAUUUAGAAAAUAUUUUACACUUUAAUUACUUGGCCAAGUUCAUUAUAGAUAGAGAUAAUUGUAGCAACAAGAAUGUUCAUUAAAAUAAGAUCUACAAACACAUGAUCACCAAAACACAAUUUUGUCAUGAAUUUAUCUGUGUCCAUUGGUUAUUAUGCACAAAGACUAAGGUGAGCGACACAGGCUCUUGAGAGCCUCUAAUUUAAAAUCAUUAAACUUUGAUAACAAUUAAUUAUUUCCAAAGAAUUGUUAUACAAAUUUAUAGUAUACUUAUGUAAAGAAGAUUUCCCCCAAAUGAUUUUACAAAAAUCCGCUUGUGUUUAUCUUUUGAAACAAAAAAGUUAGGUAUGUCUAUCCAAUGGAUAGAAAUGUCCAAAAAAACGAAAUUUUGAGUAAAUGUCUAAAAUUUCGAUCCUAUCUCUUAAAGUAGCACAUGAAGGUAUAUUUUUUAUUACAUAUUUGAAUUGAAAAUGUGAAAAAAAGUUUGUAUGCCAAUUUUCGUAAACAAAUCACCGUGGGAUCAAAACUGUAUCGUAUGCCCUUAAGUUUGGGUUAAGAUUCAUACAUGAGGUAUUUAUGAAUGCUAAUAAAUGUCAACACUGUUAUUGGAUUAUUCAGAAAUGAUUUAAGGCAACAAACAAAUAUUGUGUUUCUGUUUUAUAUACAACAGACCCUGAUUUUUACCCCAGACACCAAAGGUUUUACUUAAGAUUAUAAAAUAAACUGGUGCUCUUUAUUAUAUACACUUUUGUAUAAUCUUUCAGUUAAAUCAUACACUACCAAACCAGUCUUCAAUAUUAAAAAAAACCACUGAGGACUUAUUUCAAUGGAUUCUUUGAAUUGACAUGCAUAUGUAUUACAUCAUUUAGCAAUCACAAUGUUUCAGUUAAAAUUUAAAAAAAAUAUUGACCUUUAUUUUGUUUUGUAAUCAGAACACACAAUAUUUUAUUUCAGCCUAAAAGGGAUUUGCUGUUGUUUCAGAGAGCUCUAGUUUUUAUCGUCUGUUUUUUCAAUUAUUUUCUUCUGAGGCAACAUGGGAUGUUUUGUGUGUGUUAAUAAUUAUAGACUAUCAAUGAAUAAUGUUGAUGAACUAUAGAUUUCUUUAUUUUACCUGUAGUUCAGCUUCUUAAAUAUAUUUAAGAUAACUUUACACUACAAAUUAUUUUUGAUUAAUUUUCUAUUAUGUUAUAAACAUUAAUACCAUGCAUACAAAAUAUAUGUGUAUACACUGUAUUUAGCUCAGCUGGCUUUUGCCAUCACUUAGCGUCUGUCAUCUGUCCAUUAACUUUUAAUAUUUGAAUCUUCUCCUUUGAAACCACUGUCCCAAUUGGAAUCAAAGUUUGUCUGGAUCAUCCUUAGGGUGUCUACUUUCAAAACUAUAUAGGAUGACACUGUACGCAAACCAACAUGGCUGCCAUGUCAUAAAUUGAACAUAGAGGUAAAAUUAACAAAAGUUCAAUUAAAAAAACCUUAAAAGGGUGGGGUGUCAGAUGGACAAAUAUUCUUGUUACUUUCUUUUCUGAAACCACUAGACCAUUUGGAAACAAACUUUAAAUAUGUUGAUAUCUAUAAAGGUUUUGAAUGUAUAUAAUGUGUGAUAUACAAUAUUCCACAGUUAGUGCUGAAUAGGCAACAGGCAUGGAAUAGUGUUUCAAAAGUUUGCAAUGGUUAAUUAGAUGUUCCUUCUUUUAUCUGAAGCUACUUGGCCACAGUGAAUCAAACUUGACAGGAUUGAUUUAUGAAAGUUUUGAUACAUGGAUUCUCGAAUUUGUGCUGAUCAGUAGCAAUUAUCGAUUCUCAUUGGCUUAAUUCAAAAAUUGUUUACCUCUGAAAAUACAAAUCCAAAUGUUUUCCUGACAAGCAGCAGCAAUGAUGACACAAAAAUUUUGAUAAGCAAUGCAGCACUAUAAGUAAGCCUCUUGUAAACUCAGUAAAUAAAAUUUGCUACAAUAAAUGGUUAUUUUAGACUUUUACAGCAAAAAGCUUUGAUAUAGGGUGAGUGAUACAGAAAUAUUUUAGCCUUACUAUGGUUUCUGGAAUGUUAGGACUAAUCAGACUGCUUUUGAUGUGUUCUUAGUUAAAGCAAGUUGAAAUAAAAAUUUCAAAAAAGUAUGUUUAUCUACACUUUUUGUUCAUUACACUACUGUCAAAGAAGAAGGUACAGUUUGGGGUGUACUUAGCUCUGUAAAUUUGUAAAAAAAUUGAAAUAUUUUAAGUGAUAAGUUGGCUGAAUCAAUAUAGUGUACAGCUUUGACUCAAAUUUAAAUUAAGAUAGACUGUGACUAGAUCAACUUUCUGUAAAAAUAUCUCUUUGGGUGAUGCAUGCACUAUGUCAUAUUUGGUUGUUUUCAAAUAUUUUGCUACUUCAAAGCUCUCAACAUAGUGUAGAGGCAAAUAAAAAUAAUUUACAAAUUGUUGACAAAAUAUAAAUUUUAUAGAUUUAUUUUACUUUUUAAAUUACAAAGUUUCAGGUAAUAAGGCCAUAGUUUCAAAACAGGGCCAUUUUGACCCCCCAAAAGGUACCUUCUUUACAAUUAAUAAACUACCAUGUACACAUCAUUGGUUAAUAAAUAUCAAAAUUAC